GAGGGAGCAGAAGAAAAAGAAACCCUAAUGUGUAUGUGUAUGUGUUUGUUGUUGGUGGUGGCCUGGCCUGGGCGGUGGGAGGUUUGCAGUUGGAGUUGCAGAAUCGCGUAAGAUAGACCGUGUGGAAUACACAAUUGGUUCUCUGCCUGUUUGCGUGAUUCGUACGGUCUAUCCCACGCUCAUCUGCAGCAGAUUCCCCCUCUCUCUCUCUCACACACUUGAGCAGCUCCUCCAUUACUUUUACCAAACAGACAGACAGACAGACCUCUUGUUCUUCCUUUCCUUGCCCUAAAACUCUUUCAAUAUCAAACCAUACCAUGGAUGCUGCUGCUUCCCCUUCUUCUUACUGGCUAGAUGCCUGUGAGGACAUCUCUUGCGAUGAUCUUAUUCCCACCGAAUUCAUCCAAUUGCCCGAUACUAAUCCCCCCCAAGAUGUCACCCUCGAUCCCUGUUUCUUUGAUGGUGUUCUUGAUAGUAUCCCAACACUUGAUGCUCCACUCACUGUGUCCCAAGACAACGCCUGCGUAAAGAGAGGUCAUGAUGAGCGUAAAAACACUGACUUUGGGAACCACAAGGUGGGAUUUGAUGAUGAUGAUAAGCAGGAAAGAUUUGGGAAAAGGCCUCGCAUUGAGAGGGAGAGGGAUAGAGAAAGACCUUGUAGGAAGAGGCCCCGUGAUCAUGACGCCGUCAGGGAGAUCAGAAGGAAAGACCACCAUUGCAAUGGUACUAGGGGAAAUAAUAGGGAUAUGGACUGGAGGGAAGGAAGGGGUUAUUGGGAGAGGGAUCGAUUGGGUACCAAUGAUUUGGUGUUCCGUCCAGGUUCUUGGGAACCUGGCUCUAACAGAGAUAUCAAGGGGCAUGUUGACAAAAAUCUUGACAGUAAUCAACAAGAGUUGAAAAAGGAUGAAUCCAAGAAAAAAGUGGCCAAGGAGCAUGCGCGCAAGUACCAGUUAGAUGUUCUUGAACAGGCUAAAAACAAAAAUACCAUAGCUUUUUUAGAGACAGGGGCAGGGAAGACCCUUAUUGCUGUACUCCUUAUAAAGAGCGUGUAUGCUGAUUUGCAUAAACAGGGCAAGAAGAUGCUGGCCGUCUUUUUGGUUCCAAAGGUGCCACUUGUGUAUCAGCAAGCAGAAGUUAUUCGUGAUCAAACGGGCUAUCAAGUUGGUCAUUAUUGUGGUGAGAUGGGCCAAGAUUUUUGGGAUGCCAGGAGAUGGCAUCGGGAAUUCGAGAAGAAACAGGUUCUAGUGAUGACUGCUCAAAUUCUUUUGAAUAUUCUGAGACAUAGCAUAAUAAAAAUGGAAGCUAUAAAUUUGCUUAUUUUAGACGAGUGCCAUCAUGCUGUAAAGAAGCAUCCGUAUUCUUUGGUGAUGUCUGAGUUCUAUCACACAACAACUAAGGAGAAAAGGCCUUCAGUUUUCGGAAUGACCGCCUCACCUGUUAACUUAAAAGGUGUAUCUAGUCAAGUAGAUUGUGCCAUAAAGAUUCGUAAUCUGGAAACCAAACUAGAUUCUGUUGUUUGUACCAUAAAAGACCGUAAAGAGCUUGAGAAACAUGUUCCAAUGCCAAUAGAAACUGUAGUGGAGUACGAUAAAGCAGCUAGUUUAUGGUCACUACAUGAGCAGAUCAAGCAAAUGGAAGUUGCAGUUGAGAAAGCUGCACAAUCGAGUUCUAGAAGAAGCAAAUGGCAGUUUAUGGGAGCCAGAGAUGCUGGCGGGGUUAAGGAUGAGCUUCGCCAAGUUUAUGGUGUCUCCGAAAGAACAGAAGGUGAUGGGGCUGCUAAUCUAAUUCAAAAACUCAGAGCCAUUAAUUACGCUCUUGAUGAAUUGGGCCAGUGGUGUGCUUACAAGGUUGCAGAGUCAUUUUUGACAGCAUUGCAAAGUGAUGAAAGGGCAAACUUCCAGCUGGAUAUAAAGUUUCAAGAAUCCUACUUGAGCAAAGUUGUUUCUCUAUUGCAAUGCCAACUAUCUGAGGGUGCAGCUCUACAAAAUAACGCUGAAGUUAGUGAAAAGGGGUCUGAAACCACCUGCCUUGAUGAGAUCGAGGAAGGCGAACUUCCCGACAGCCAUGCGGUCUCUGGGGGAGAGCAUGUGGAUGUGGUAAUUGGAGCUGCUGUGGCUGAUGGAAAAGUGACUCCAAAAGUCCAGUCUCUGAUCCAAAUACUUCUCAAGUAUCAACACAUGGACGAUUUUCGCGCCAUUAUAUUUGUUGAACGAGUUGUCGCUGCCCUUGUUCUUCCAAAGGUUUUUGCGGAGCUUCCUUCUCUAAACUUUAUUAAUUCAGCAAGUCUGAUAGGGCACAAUAAUAGUCAAGAAAUGCGGACUUCCCAAAUGCAGGAUACUAUUUCCAAAUUUCGAGAUGGACGCGUGACACUUUUAGUCGCCACCAGUGUUGCUGAGGAAGGGCUUGAUAUUCGCCAAUGUAAUGUUGUUAUUCGGUUUGACCUUGCUAAAACCGUGUUGGCAUAUAUCCAGUCUCGGGGCCGGGCCAGAAAGCCCGGGUCUGACUAUAUCUUAAUGGUUGAGAGAGGAAACUUGUCGCAUGAGGCGUUUCUGAGAAAUGCUAGAAAUAGUGAAGAAACGUUGAGGAAAGAAGCAAUUGAAAGAACUGACCUUAGUCAUCUUAGGGAUACCUCAAAGUUGAUUUCCAUAGAGCCAACUCAUGGUACGAUCUACCAGGUGGAGUCAACUGGUGCUGUUGUGAGUUUAAAUUCUGCUGUUGGCCUUAUUCAUUUCUAUUGCUCUCAACUGCCUAGUGACAGAUAUUCAAUACUUCGUCCCGAGUUCACUAUGGAGCGGCACGAGAAGCCCGAAGGCCCCACUGAAUUUUCAUGCAGACUUCAACUUCCUUGUAACGCACUAUUCGAAAGACUUGAAGGCCCUGUGUGCAGUUCAAUGCGCAUCGCGCAACAGGCUGUUUGUUUAGAUGCUUGUAAGAAGCUUCAUGAAAUGGGAGCAUUCACUGACAUGCUCUUACCAGAUAAAGGAAGUAAGGGAGAAGGUGAGAAAGCUGAUGAAAAUGAUGAAGGAGAUCCCCUACCAGGAACCGCUAGGCAUAGGGAGUUUUAUCCGGAAGGUGUUGCUAAUAUUCUACAGGGGGAUUGGAUUUUAUCUGGUAGAGAUGAAUGUGAUGACUCCAAACUGUUUCAUCUGUAUAUGUAUGUUGUGAAAUGUUUUAACGUCGGGUCCACAAAAGAUCCGUUUUUGACUCAAGUUUCAGAGUUUGCAGUGCUUUUCGGCAACGAAUUGGAUGCAGAGGUGUUAUCGAUGUCCACGGAGUUAUUUAUCGCCCGAACAAUGACAACAAAGGCAUCUCUUGUCUUUCGGGGGUGUAUUGAAGUUACCAAAAGCCAGUUGGAUUCAUUGAAAAGCUUUCAUGUACGGUUAAUGAGCAUUGUACUGGAUGUGGACGUGGAGCCAUCAACUACUCCAUGGGAUCCAGCUAAAGCCUACUUAUUUGUUCCGGUUCAUGGUGUAAAAGAAGAAGAAAUAGAUUGGGAUAUUGUAGAGAACAUUAUAAAAACAUCUGCAUGGAAAAACCCACUUCAGAGAGCCCGGCCCGAUGUAUUUCUUGGAACAAAUGAACGAACACUUGGUGGGGACCGCAGGGAAUAUGGUUAUGGAAAAUUACGUGGACAAAAAUCACAUCCUACGUAUGGUGUUAGAGGAGCUGUAGCACAGUUUGAUGUUGUCAAAGCAUCUGGAUUGGUUCCUGAUCGAGUGGCUAAUGGGGGGGAUUUGACACAUGGUAAAUUGAUGAUGGCUGAUUCUUGUACCAACGCACAGGAUCUUGUUGGAAGGAUUAUUACCGCUGCUCAUUCUGGGAAGAGGUUUUAUGUCGAUUCUGUACGAUAUGAAAUGACGGCUGAGAACUCGUUUCCUAGGAAAGACGGUUACCUUGGUCCACUUGAGUACACAUCAUAUGCUGAUUACUAUAAGCAGAAGUAUGGAGUAGAACUGAAGUAUAAACAGCAACCACUGAUAAGAGGGCGUGGGGUGUCUUAUUGCAAAAAUCUCCUGUCACCUCGGUUUGAGCAUUCAGAAGGUCAUGAAGGUGAAUCAGAAGAUACUCCUGAUAAAACAUAUUAUGUGUUUCUCCCUCCAGAGCUGUGCUUUGUGCACCCUCUUAGUGGAUCGUUAGUUCGCGGUGCACAAAGAUUACCGUCAAUCAUGAGGAGGGUUGAAAGCAUGCUGCUUGCUGUUCAGCUAAAGAAUGUUAUUAAUUACACUGUUCCUGCAUAUAAGAUUUUGGAAGCUCUGACUGCAGCCUCAUGCCAAGAAACGUUUUGCUAUGAAAGAGCGGAGCUGCUAGGAGAUGCCUACCUAAAAUGGGUUGUUAGUCGUUAUCUUUUUCUCAAACAUCCACAAAAACAUGAAGGCCAGCUCACCAGAAUGAGACAGCAAAUGGUUAGCAACAUGGUAUUGUACCAAUAUGCUCUUUCCAAGGGGCUUCAAUCUUAUAUCCAAGCGGACCGAUUUGCUCCGUCUCGAUGGGCUGCUCCAGGGGUUCUACCCGUUUUUGAUGAGGAUGUUAAGGAAACAGAUUUCUUAUCAGAUCAAGAUAUUAAUGCAAUCACCGAGACUUUAACAGCAAACCAUGACGAGGAUGACGAGCUGGAGGAUGGUGAGCUGGAUGAGGGUGAUUCAAGUUCUUAUCGGGUUUUAUCCAGUAAGACGCUUGCUGAUGUGGUUGAAGCGUUAAUUGGGGUUUAUUACGUUGAAGGUGGAAAACAAGCUGCUAAUCAUUUCAUGAAAUGGGUUGGGAUCGAGGUUGAUUUUGAUCCCGCCACGGAGAUGGGGACACAAACAGUGCCAGCUGGCGGUGUUCCAGAUAGCAUACUACGGAGUGUUGAUUUUGAUUCCAUAGAGGGCAGUUUGAACUUUAAGUUUUGUGAUAGAAGUCUGCUUGUUGAAGCCAUUACUCAUGCUUCUAGACCAUCUACUGGUGUUUCAUGUUACCAACGGUUGGAGUUUGUAGGGGAUGCGGUUCUCGAUCAUCUUAUUACAAAACAUUUGUUUUUCAUGUACACGGAUCUUCCACCGGGACGUUUAACCGAUCUGCGGGCGGCUGCUGUAAAUAAUGAGAAUUUUGCACGUGUUGCUGUCAAACAUAAUCUUCAUUUGCAUCUCAGGCAUGGUUCAAGUGCCCUAGAAAAACAGAUACGAGAUUUUGUGAAGGAGGUUGAAAGUGAAGUGUCAAAGCCAGGUUUCAACUCGUUUGGUCUGGGUGAUUGCAAAGCUCCAAAAGUCCUCGGUGACAUUGUUGAAUCUAUUGCUGGUGCUAUCUUCUUAGACAGCCAGCGGAACACAUCAUUCGUAUGGAAGGUCUUCCAGCCACUGUUGCAACCAAUGGUGACACCAGAGACACUCCCAAUGCAUCCAGUGCGGGAGCUACAAGAACGUUGUCAACAACAGGCUGAAGGACUAGAGUACAAGGCGACUCGAAAUGGUAAUUUGGCUACCGUCCAAGUGUUUGUCGAUGGGGUCCAGGUCAGCAUUGCUCAAAAUCCCCAAAAGAAAAUGGCACAAAAGUUGGCUGCUCGUAAUGCUCUUGCUGCUUUGAAAAUGAAAGAAACCGAAGCAGCAGCAGCCAAAGAGAAGGAAAACGAAGAGAAUGGAAAGAAGAAAAAUGGCAGCCAAACCUUUACCAGACAGACUUUGAAUGACAUUUGUUUGCGCAGAAAUUGGCCAAUGCCAUUGUACCGGUGUGUGAGUGAAGGUGGUCCUGCACAUGCAAAACGGUUUAUAUUUGCUGUGCGGGUGAAUACUUCUGAUAAAGGGUGGACAGACGAAUGUGUUGGAGAGCCUAUGCCAAGUGUAAAGAAAGCUAAAGAUUCUGCUGCGGUUCUUCUGUUGGAGCUUUUAAAUAGGUGGUACGCAUAACAGACAUUGGGGGUUUAGAUCUAGAUACAGAACAGAUCCUAUCGGGUCUGCUGCUGCUGCUAAUUCAUGAUUUCUAACGAUUUCUUUUGGUUGGAGUGUUAUCCUGUGCGGAUGGAUACAUAUGCUAAGUUUCUCUGUUUCAAGUUACCAUCAUCAUUCAUUCUUUUGGACUGUGAUCAUUUGUGAAUGGGAACAAAUAGUAAAAAACCAUGGGAUCUUUUGAGUUAUUAGAAUUUAGAAAUGAAAUCUUGUCAGAUUGAGGCAUUCCUUAUUAUUA